AUGGAAAUGCGUGAAAAGACACAAGUGAUGAACGCCGAAGAAAUUCGCCGCGCAUUACUCAGGAUCGCUCACGAAAUUUUAGAGCACAACCAUAAACACAUCGAAGAACUCGUACUCGUCGGGGUUAAAAGUCGUGGCGAUUUCAUCGCACAUCGCAUCGCCGAGAACCUUGAACGCAUCGAAAACAUUGAAGUCGAUGUCGGCGCCAUUGAUGUCACCCUCUAUCGAGAUGAUAUUAAUCUCCCACGAGACGCAGAUUCAGACGAGGUGCUCUAUACAGGGCGUACCGUUCGCGCGGCAAUGGACGCACUCAUGGAUUUCGGUCGUCCAGCCGCAAUCCAAUUGGCUACCCUGAUCGACAGAGGACAUCGCGAAUUGCCAAUUGCUGCCGAUUAUGUCGGCAAAAAUGUACCCACCUCACACAGAGAGUUUGUUCGGGUGCAGCUUGCCGAAGAAGAGUCUGGCGUAGACUCAGCAAUCAUUUAUGAAAGGGACGGUGAAUGA